AUGUCCGCGCAAGACUCAGUUGCUGUCUACCACUACCUUGAUAUCGGUAGACUUGGAAGAGGAGAAGUUGUCAAGCUUUUCCUUGUGGAUUCCGGUAUCGGCUUCAAAGAAGUUCGCUAUGCCUAUGAUGAUACUUGGCCUCAGACCAGCAAGAGCCUCAUUCAGCAAGGCAUAACAAGAUCAGGAAAAUUGCCUUCACUCGAGUACGAAGGCUUGAUUCUCACACAGCACAUCCCAAUUCUCCGCUAUCUGUCUCGGAAGCUUGGGAAAUACAAUGGGGAAACCAAUUCUGAAAAAUAUAACGUUGAUGCCGUCGCAGAUAUUUAUAUCGACUGGAGGAGUCGAUGGGUUGCCAAUCUUACAGAGAAAAAAGACGAGUACAAAGACGACUUCGUUCCCAAGUACUACCAACUUAUUGGGCAGUACUAUAGUGACCAUGAGGGCCCCUAUCUUCUUGGAAACAAGAUAACUUACGCUGAUUUUGCGAUUUACCAAUCUAUUGAUAAUGAUAAAAGAACAGGAACGCUUCCAUCCAACCUUCCCGAAGCUCUUGUUAAAUUCAAGGAGGCUUUUGAGGGACGGCCGAAUGUUGCCAAAUAUAUCAAGGAGGUCUGA